CAAACGGGCCCUGCCCUUGCCCCUGCCCCUGCCGCUAGCGGUUGAACCCGUGGAACUUCGUCUUUCUCGUCUCCCCCAAAUCGACGAGCAGGGCGAGCGGAAUUCCAGGGCGAGCUCCCCUCCCCCUCCCUGCCCACUCGCCAAGUCGCCGGCGCCCAGCGGCCAGGCCGUUGCGCCCGGCCCCCCUCCCGGCUCCGAAUUCCCAUCCCGCGACGCCGACCUCUCAGUCCUCGGAUCUCCCGCCAGCCGUCUGGUCGCUCCCAAAGUGAGUAAGAAGAUCCGCUGGACCAGCACAACGAGGAGACCCAGGCCAGAGAGCAAUCCUGCUGUGAAGUAGUCAUCUAUGUCAUCUAGGAGUAAUUCAAAGAGGCCCUCAGAUGACAAUGUUGCCUCUGACGGAGGACUCCGACGUCGAGAGUUUUAUCUGAAUGGACCUUCCCUGGACCGUGCCUCCAAGCGUAUCACGGAGGGUGUUCUGUCCCCUCCCAACUUGAAAAACUCACAUAAGAGCAAGGGGAGCCACCAGUUGCAUUCUGAGGCAUCAGGAAGUAACUCAAGAAAGGGUGAAAGCAAUCAUGGGAUACAUGUGUCAGCAGGGAAUGAUGAUUUGUCAACCACGCAGAAACCAAGGAAAGUGAAGCUCAAAAUUGGUGGAAUCAGUCGGACCAUACCGGCAAAACCAAACCCUGCCAUACCAGAUUCCAGGUCUUCAGCUGCAAAGCCUACACGGCCUGGAGAUUCAUCGCACCGGCAAAAGCAUGGUAAUCAGACUGAAGGUGCCAAAGAUUCAAAUAGGUUGCCCUCUUCUCAAGACAAGAAAACAAGAAAGCUGAGGAAAAUUGAAGAUACCUUGACUCCGGAACAACCUGCCAAAGUUCAGAGAGAAGCGUCUUCGGAUCCUGUCCGGAAGAGUAGAAGGAUUGCUAAGAAAUCCAACAUGGACAGUGAAUUAGAUGAGGAAUAUGGUUUAAGUACUCCUGAAAAUCAUAUUCGUGAACCUAAAAACAAAGGAGGGAGUAACCCUAAGAAGAAUGCCUUGAAGAAAGACCGGAGCAGGAGCACAGUUUAUGAGGUUGAUAAUGAUUUUGUUACACCCCAAUCAAAUAGAGAUGGCAAGAAAAGGUCAAGAGAUUCUACUGAUGCUGAUGAGGAUAAUGCAGAAGAGGAGCUGGCCUCUGAUAAUGAGCUUGAAGCUGAAAACAAGAAGCAGAAAGCAGUCACUGAAUUGUCUGCCAGUGUUAAGAGUGAACCUCUCACAACGCGUCGCCGAGCCCUUCAAUCAUGGAUGGAUGGGAACAGCAACAGUACCAUUGAGUUCCCCGAUGGUUUACCAGCAGCUUCGUCAAGAAGCAAGAAGGAAAAGCUCUCUGAUGCUGAGAUGCUCGCGAAGAAGGCUGAGGCUGCUCAGCGCCGCAAGAUGCAAGUGGAGAAAGCCACUAAAGAAAGCGAGGCGGAAGCUAUAAGGAAAAUACUGGGCCUGGACACCGAGAAGAAGAAAGAAGAGAGGAAGCAGAAGGAGCGAGAGGAGAAGGAGAAGGCAGCCAGAGCGCAAGAACUCGCCAGGAGCUCCAUCCGGUGGGUCAUGGGGCCCACAGGCACGGUGGUCACGUUCCCUGAAGAAGUAGGCCUCCCCAGUAUCUUCAACUCCAAACCCUGCAGCUACCCUCCGCCGCGUGAGAAGUGCGCCGGACCGUCUUGCACGAACGCGUACCGGUACAGGGACUCGAAGCUGAAGCUCCCCCUCUGCAGCCUGGAGUGCUACAAAGCUGUCCGCGGGAGCGCUUGAUUUUGAGGACACUGGGGUGGCGUCAGAGCUCCCUAUUUUCGCAGCCGCAUUCAUUCAUGCACCUUCAGAAUAAGAGAGGACGGCCAGUCCUGACGAUGCAAAUUUGUUCGUUGGUCCAAUAAGCGAGUUACAAGAUAGUUACACAUAGCUCUGUGGGUAAAAGAUUAUCGUGUACUGCACCAGUUUGUUUUACUACACCGUUGAGAUGUACUGAGCCAGUGAUGUUACCAGAUGAUUUCUAAGUAGAUAUAUUACACAUACAUACAUAUAGAGAAGACAGCAGACAAAGAUAGUUUUAUUUUUCCUGGCGAGUUUUCAUUUUUAUAUAAACCUUAGUGAGUUGGCGUUUGUAUUUUGGAAGCAAGAAACAAAAGGCACACAAACAAAUUUAUUGUUGCACAUGUGAAGGAAAUUUGUGCAAGAAAUUUGCCACGAUGUCAAAGAAGCUAAAAAAAUAAAAACAAUUGGGGGCAUUCCGAGAAUUGAACUCGGGACCUCUCGCACCCUAAGCGAGAAUCAUACCACUAGACCAAAUGCCCUUUGGAUGACCACAAAGGUUUAACAUCUCUAACAUAGGUGGGCAUGCCGAUGGGCCCUCCACCCGCCCACUCGCUCAGAGCCUCAGACCACCCGUGUGGACCGGGCCCGUCCGCGAAUCUCAGCCCUUAAAUGGGCGUUUCCGCAAAAACGCCGUCCCCCGUAACAAAUCGAAGAGUGGGUCUCUCUCUCCCGGCGGCGCAGGCGUUUCUCUCCUUCUCCUCCGGCGGCGGCAAGGCAUUUUGGCAUCUUGAGCCCAACAGCUAGCAGAUGGCAGGCGGCAGAGUUGCACAUGCGACCCUCAAGGGGCCGAGCGUGGUGAAGGAGAUCUUCAUUGGACUCACCCUUGGGCUGGUUGCUGGUGGUAUGUGGAAGAUGCAUCACUGGAACGAGCAGAGGAAGACCCGAUCCUUCUAUGACAUGCUCGAGAAGGGGCAGAUCAGCGUCGUUGUCGAGGAGUAGUUCUGAAGUGCUGAACCAGAAGUUCUACAUCUCGAAGUCUUUUGUCAUUUUGGUUUUGCCAGUAAUUUCUGAAACUCUCUGGAGAGCAUGACAGAGUGAUUGCUGUGGAGAUUGUCAUGAAAAUAAGCACACCACCAUUUGAGAACAUCGAAUCAUUUUGAAUUUGCUUUUUGUCCUAUCAAAUAUGUCUUGUCUCAUAUGUGUUGCAAACAAAUUCAGGGUUUGGAAGGCUUCCCUCUGACAUGAAUAUGAUUUAGGUUUCACUGUCA